AUGGCUGCGCGAAUAUUCACGGCGUUGGCGGUCGUCAGCGCUGUUAUAGCACAAACUCCCGACUCCCAGUGUUUCUGGAAACGGGACAGGACACAGAAGGCGACGCCUGGUACGCCUGCAAUAACACCGCAACGCACCCUGGCGGCGCACAGCUUUGUUGCAUCAAGGGAUCUCAGUGUGGCGAGGAUACACUCUGCCAUUAUCCCAGCGGCAACAACGGUGGGAGUGGAUGGUAUCUUGGCGGAUGUUCACGGGAGCUGGAAUGAUCCAGUCUGUACGAGAAGUUGCACACGCUUCAACAACACUUGGGUACAAUGGGAACCCACCGACCAGGUAUGGAGAUGCUGCGGAGAUGAUAUCUGUAACGGUAACCCGUCGAACGUCACGUUCAAGGCUGUGACACCGGAGAAUUGGAUUGCGGUACCGAGUGCGGCCACCACGACGAGUACGAGCACUACUGCGACGAGGAUACCUACUGGAGCGGCCGCUGCUGCGGGCAGCAACGAUAACAACAACGGCACAAAAGAUCAAAAGCAAGAUAGCGGUGGCCUGAGUACAGGUGCCCAAGCUGGUAUUGGAGUUGGACUUGGUAUCGUGGGGCUAGCUGCCAUCGUCGGGGCGGGCAUGUGGUUCUUGAGAAAGAGAAGAAGAAGCAGUGCUGCACACCCGAACCACGAUGCUGAGCAGAUGAAGCAGGCGCCGGUCCAUGGUGGCAGCCAGCAUGCUCCGGCCUAUGAAGCACCGAUGCAGGAACACAAGCAGCCUAAUCAGCAGAUCAGGAGCGAGUUGCCAUCUUCUGGGGUGCAUGCACCGACAGAGCUGGGUAGUGAGAGAGCUGUGGCGGAGUUACCUGGGGACGAUGGAGGGAGGUGA